AUGACCAUGCAACAGCAGGCCCGGGGUACCACAACGACAAGCAACGAUGUGAGAUACAUUCAUCUGAAAGCAAUCGAUGUUAGAUGUGCCAGCCUGUACAAGGAGCUUCAAAUUGUGCUCAGGCUUGCAUCUGAGAAGGAAUGCAAGUCAGGUAUCUUUAACAAUGUUCGUUUAUUGCAUUGGGACUGUAAUAUCUAUGUCAAAUCUUCGAGCUCAGCAACCUUAACGAUACAAGAAUUGAAGAGUUUGGGUCGUGUUAGAGUAGUUGCUGCAUUCAAUACAGGCAUAAACUUAGGUGAAUUCAGAGAUGGGUCAAAGCCUGAACGAAAUGACGAAACUGCCAAAACCAGUGUUACAUUUUCAGUCGGAGUGCCAAGGAAGGUCUCAGAAGUUGCCCAACUGCUUGCUUAUGAAGCUGUUGUUGCACUUGGAACAAAGGUCUCCAUGCUUGAAAAGAUUGAAAAGAUUUGUCAGGUAUGUGAGCUUCCAAUGGAACUAGGAGUUGCUAUAUCAGAGAUAGAACCACAUGCAAAGGCAGCAGCAGCAGGUAUUCAAAUAGUUUUUCAGAGAUUUCAGAAAAUGGCUUCAUGCCAUAAGGAGCUUAUCUCAUUCAUGGACAACGUGGUGGACCUCAUACCAACAGUGAAGCAUAUUCUUCAUCACGUCACAGACCAGGAAAGUCAAGCAGCUAUUCAAAACUUUUUCAACUUCGUCAAGGAAGUUGCAGAAAAUCUGAAGGAAUAUGCGUCUAAGGGUUCCCUGGCCUUUCUUAAGAAUUGGUUCAAGCCUAAAACAGAUGAUGUUCGGCAAUUUAAGGAUGACUUGGAAAGGUUGACACGUGCCCUGGACCUGAGUGUUCAAGGUAACAUUCUUACACAUACAGUAGCUAUUCGUGAGCACCAGCUAUCGGAUGCAGAAUUGAAAUCUCUCAAGCGUCUCUGGCCACCUGAAAAUAGUGCAUUUGAUCCGUCUCGUGGCUGUCUACCAGGUACAAGAGAAAACGUCAUCAAAGAAACUACGCAGUGGGCGAGCACAGCAGGUCAUGGUCAACAGCUGUAUUGGAUCCAUGGGGUGGCAGGCUGCGGGAAAAGCUCUGUCGCUGCGUCUGUAGCGGAAGCGUUGGAACGGCAAGGGAUCUUAUCUGGAUCCUUCUUUUGCAAACGCGACAUUCACGAGCGGAAGAGUGCCAAGCGACUGAUCCAUUCUUUGGCGUAUGUCCUGGCAGUGAGGCUGAUGCCAUAUAGAAAUGCGCUCCUUCGAAUCUUGAAGGAUAAUCAACUCGUUGUCUAUGAACCUCUUUCCUCACAGUUCAACACUAUCCUCGCAAUACCACUCUCAGAGAUGUCUCAAGAGGCAGCUAAGGGACAAACAGUCAUCAUUAUUAUCGAUGCUCUCGACGAAUGCGACGAAUGCGAGACUAUCUCGUACUAUCUCGUUAACUUGGUCCUUGCCGUGCCGUGGCUCAGGUUUAUCAUCACAAGCCGGCCUGUACCACAGAUUCGGACAAACCUACUGCAGCACCAGAAGCUCCUGGAGUCAUGCGAUCUAUUUGCAGCAACAACUGAUGCUGACAUCCUCUGCUUUGCCCAAGAACAAUUUAAAUCGAAUACAAGGCUGCCAAAGGACAAACCAGGUCAGAUCGAAGCUCUGGUGAAAAGAUCGUCUAGACAUUUUAUAUGGAUUUCCACCGUUUUAAAACAUGUCAGCGUUGCAGCAUUUGGUAGGAGUAAACUAUUGGAACAGAUAAUCGAUCUGGAUUAUCAAGUAUUAUCUUAUGAAGGGAAUCUUGACACAGUUUACCUACGAGUGCUAGGCGAUGCAGCAAAAGGUUAUGUUGACGGCGAAUACGCUGUCAAAAUAAUUCUUGGCCUGAUCUUCAUCAUUUCUCAAAAUAGGCCACUUCCUUCUCAUGCAAUACACACAUUCCUUCCGUCUAACCUAGGUGCCGAAGAACACGAGUUGGAAGAUAUACUCGAACAACUUGGGUCGGUGCUUUACAAAGACCCUCAGACAGGUGCCAUCCGUGCGUAUCAUCCAUCGUUCCUCGACUUCAUUGGGCGGAAGGAAAGGUCAGGAUGUUUCUGGACGCCUGAGGUAGAGCUGGAUACGCAUAUGGCGAGCAAGUGCCUAGAUAUCAUGCUGGGAGUGGGAGGGCUUCGAUUCAACAUAUGUGAGCUAGAGACAUCGCUUUUACAGAAUAACGACGUGGAGGACCUCUGUGCUCGAGUAGCCCGUAACAUUACUCCGCAGCUUCAAUAUAGCUGCCUAUAUUGGUACAACCACCUUUUUCGAACUCAAAAAGGCGAACAGUCGACAGAGCAAAUGCUCCAGACACUACACGAUUUCUUACUCCAGACUUCGUCGUUGUACUGGCUGGAAGCCUUAAGCGUCAUGUCAGAAAUGAAAUCGGCAGUCAUGGUGCUCCAAGACCUUCAGGACGUCUUGAAGCGCUUAAAGGCUGACGAAGAGCUCAUCUCCACCGCGUCUGAUCUGUACCGCUUCACAAUGGCAUUCCAAGAGCCUAUGACAAUCAGUGCUCCACAUAUCUACAUUUCGGCAUUGUUGUGGACGCCUCUUAAGUCUAUGGUCGCAAGUCGCUGCUACAAGAGCUUCAAUAGUCAACACUGUAUUGUGAAAGGGGUCAAUGAACAUUGGUCCGCCAAUUUACAUACAAUGGCUAUAGAUGCGGCUGCCAAUUGUGUCGCUUAUGCACCAGAUGGACGUCAUAUUGUUUCUGGGUGUACCGACAAGAGAAUACACAUACUUGAUGCCCAGACAGGUACCCACACCCGCCCACCACUUGAAGGUCACCAAGGUUCUAUUAAUUCGGUUGCCUAUUCACCAGAUGGGCGGCACAUCAUCUCUGGGUCACGGGACAAGACAGUGCUGAUAUGGGAUGCAGAGACAGGUGCACAAGUGGGUACAUCGCUCAAAGGUCAUCAAGGCUGGGUCUGCUCUGUUGCUUAUUCCCCAGACGGACGCCAUAUUGCUUCCGGGUCCGACGACAAGACAUUGCGCAUUUGGGAUUCCCAGACAGGUAUUGAGGUCCGUCCACCAUUUGAGGGUCACGAAGGCUGUAUCAGUUCUGUUGCUUAUUCGCCAGAUGGACGUCGCAUAGUCUCUGGGUCAUUCGACUAUACGGUGCGUGUCUGGGAUACACAAUCUCGCAAGGUCUACCCACCACUCAAAGGUCAUCAAAACUGGAUCCGUUCUGUUGUUUAUUCCCCAGACGGACGUCAUAUUGUCUCUGGAUCCGACGACAAGACAGUGCGCAUUUGGAAUGCUCAAGUAGGCGGUCAACCUAGCAGGGUACUCAAAGGUCAUCAACGUCCUGUUAGCUCCGUUGCUUAUUCUCCAGAUGGACGUUGUAUUGUAUCCGGCUCGUGGGACAACACAGUGCGCAUUUGGGAUGCUCAGACAGGCACCCAGGUUGGUCAACUGCUUGGGGGUCAUACAGACCCAGUUUGCUGCGUUGCAUAUUCGCCAGACGGAUUCCAUAUUAUCUCUACUUCAUGGGAAAGGACAAUGUGCAUCUGGGACUCCCGUUCAGCCAUCCAGGAUCGACAACUGCUUUGGGGGCAUAAAAGCACCGUUUGUACUGUGGCGUUUUCGCCAGACGGACAUCAAAUCGUCUCUGGGUCAUGGGACAACACGAUGUGCCUUUGGGACGCUCUGAAAGGCACCCAGGUUGGUUUACCGCUUCGAGGUCAUCAAGGUUCUGUAUUUUCUGUUGCAUAUUCACCUGACGGAAGUCAGAUCGCCUCUGGCUCUGAGGACAAGACAGUGCGCAUUUGGGAUGCUCAGACGGGCGUCCAGAUCGGUCCACCGCUUGAAGGACAUCAAGGUUCCAUAUUUUCUGUUGCCUAUUCGCUAGACGGAGACUGCAUCGUCUCUGGGUCUGAAGACAGGACGAUACGUAUUUGGGAUGCUCGGAUAGGCAUACAAUUUGGCACUCCACUUGAAGGUCAUCAAGGCUAUGUACUUUCUGUCGCUUAUUCACCAGACGAACAACAUAUCAUCUCGGGAUCUCAGGACGGUACGGUGCGCAUAUGGGACGCUCAGACAGGAGCGCAGAUCGGCUUACCGCUCAAAUGUACUAAAGGCAGAAUCUAUUCCGUUUCUUGUUCACCGGACGGACGUUAUAUUGUCUGUGGCUCGUCUGAUAAGAUAAUACGCAUUUGGGAUACUCGGACAGGCAUUCAGGUUGGCCUCCCUCUUACAGGUCAUCAAGGCUCCGUCCGGUCUGUUUCUUACUCACCAGACGGACAAUAUAUCGUUUCUGGAUCUGAAGAUAAGACGGUGCGCAUUUGGGAUACUCAGACGGGUGCCCAAGUUGGCCGCCCACUUGAGGGGCAUCAAGGCUCUGUCUUUUCUGUUACAUAUUGGCUGUACGGACGGUAUAUCAUCUCUGGGUCUGAGGACAGGACGAUGCGCAUUUGGGAAACAAAGAGUGUGGUCCAGACCAGUGGCUUGAAUAGGGCAAGAGAUGGUCGGCAGGCGUACUCCACGAACAUUGACAGAUUCAUGUGGAUAAACGAAAGCGCGAUCGAAGUAGAAAGGUCGUCAACCGCGUAUUCUGAGUAUCCAUCAAAUGUCCCGAACGAUGGUUGGAUCCGAACACUGUCAGGAGGUUUGUUCUUGUGGGUUCCCCAUGAGUAUCGCGAAGGCAUUUGCGAUAUGAGCUUGGACUGCUUCCCUCGUUACGCACCUGGACAUCCUGUGAGAAUUGAUUGGCAAAAGAUAUGUCGCGGCAAAACUUGGACUGCUGUAAAGAUUGGCAAAAAUAAGUAG